AUGCCGCUCAUCACCCCCUCACGCCUCGCCAUCAUCGUCGUCUCCUUUUCGCUCAUAACUUUCUUCUGGACUUUUGGCCUACCACACCAGACUCCCCAGCCGUCCAUACCCGCUAUCGAUCACUAUGACCACAAGAAUGUGCAUACCGACCCGAUAAUACCGCCACCAGUCAUCGAGACACCGCACGCGACAACACCAACGCCGAUAGCACAUGGAGAUCGACCCACCGAGUCAGAUGAUCAUAGAUGGGACGACAAGGGAGCACAAGGUGGAAAGGGACAAGCGAAACCACCUGCGCCUACCGAGACGGGCAUUGCGGAUUACGAGAAGGAUGACGGAAGAUGGGAGGACAAGGAAAAGUUGAAGGGCGGUGAUAAGUCUGCGGACAAGGCCAACGCAAGCGCAAUUGGGGCGCCUACAACACUAGCCACCGAGACCAAGCCGGACGUUGCGACUACGAAGGCCGCCGAAGCCGCUGUCGAAACGCAAGUAGUCGAGAAGUUCUGCAGCGACGCCGACGGAGCGAAAGACAUCAUGGUCGUACUCAAGACGUCCAAGGCAGAAAUCGACAAGCUCAACGGCCAUCUCAGCAACCUUCUCUCCUGCGUCCCCACCUUCGUCAUUUUCAGCGACCAUGCUGGCGAGUUCCAAGGGCACAAAGUACAUGAUGCGCUCGACUCUAUCAGCCAUGAGAUCAAAUUCAAGAACAAAGAAUUCCAGGAAUAUCAGCUUAUGCAUGCUGACGCGGAGCAUAAGCCGGAUGCAAAGAAGACGGAGGACCUGGAUAAGUGGAAGUUCUUACCUAUGGUGUACAAAGCAUACCACAUGAACCCCAGCGCCAAGUUCUUCGUCUUCCUCGAAGCUGACACGAGCUUGAGCUGGACGAACGUGUUGCAAUGGUUUAAUAGGCUGGAUUACCGGAUACCUUAUUACAGCGGAGCUCCUUACUUCAUUGCGGGCACACAAGUAGCGCAACGCGGAGCAGGCAUCAUGUUGUCUCAGGGCGCUCUACGACGAUACUCCAAAUCUUACGACGAGCUUUACCAGACCAAGUGGGAAAAGAACACCGCCACAGAAUGCUGCGGUGACCUGAUGCUGGCGAAAGCUCUUGGAGACGCACACGUGGAAUUCUACGCUGCUUGGCCACUCCUUCAGAGCGAGCAGCCAAGUACACUUGACUACACCAGGAAGCACUGGUGUGCUCCUGCGGUGUCAUGGCAUCACAUUGCUGGCGACCAGCUUACUAGGCAAUGGGAUAUCGAGAAGAAGUGGACCAGCGCGAACGGCUGGAAGAAGCCAUACCUGUACCGCGACGCCUACCACGACUCGGUGGAACCACACAUCGAAGCGCAAAAAGUGGGCUGGGACAACUUGAGCCAGGACACGAAGAUUGUUGCGCCAGAGGGACAGCAGGAACAGAUGAAAGAUGAUGCCGAGAAGAAGAAAAAGGAGGGAGAAGAGCACGAUUUAGGCGAACCAGAGGAAAAGCCCAAGGAACAAGUCAAACCUCAAGAAGAGGCAAAGAAACAACCAGGAGAAAAGCCCAAGCAAGACGGCAAAACUCAGCAAGAAGAGAAGAAGGAACCCGAGAAGAUCAAGGUCGACAACACACCACCACCCGACUCUCGAAUCUACCAAGAAUCCGGUCCCAGUCCCACAUCCAGCAAGUCCAAACGUGCAGACAAGAAAGGCGGCGACAAGAAAGAGGACAAGAAACCUGAACCACCCAAUUGGGACAAGCUCGCGGAAAAACACCCAGACGCAGCGGAUAGCUCUGAGCGCUGCCAGGCAGUCUGCCAACAAGUCGAGGACUGUCUACAAUGGCGGUACACGUCGAAUGGGGACGGUGAGUGUCAUCUAAGUAAGGUGGUUAGGUUAGGUGGCAAAGUUGGGGACGAUAAGUGGACGAGUGGAUGGUUGGUUGACAGGAUUAACGGGGUUACCAAGGAAUGGGCGUGUAAGGAGGUCAAGUGGAGGUUUUAUCAGUAA